AUGCAAAAGUUUGUGAUUGUGCACGCGGAUUUGCUGGCAAGAAAAGCACCUCAUAUGCAGAUGACUAUCCAGGCCCUCCAAGACGAGCUUCGGAUCCAACGGGACCUGAACCAGCUGUUCCAACAGGACAGCACCACUAGAACCAGUGAGCCCUUUGUGGCAGAGCUGACAGAGGAAAACUUCCAGCGACUUCACGCAGAGCACGAACGCCAGGCCAAGGAACUCUUCCUGCUACGGAAAACCUUAGAAGAGAUGGAACUGCGUAUUGAGACGCAGAAACAGACCUUAAAUGCACGUGAUGAGUCCAUCAAAAAGCUGCUGGAGAUGCUGCAGAGUAAAGGUCUGUCAGCAAAAGCUACUGAGGAAGAUCAUGAGCGAACAAGACGGUUGGCUGAGGCAGAGAUGCACGUGCACCACUUGGAGAGCCUUCUCGAACAGAAGGAAAAAGAAAACAACAUGCUGAGAGAGGAGAUCCAUCGUCGAUUUGAAAAUGCUCCUGACACAGCCAAGACAAAGGCUCUGCAAACUGUUAUCGAGAUGAAGGAUUCAAAAAUUUCUUCCAUGGAGCGUGGCCUCCGGGAUUUGGAAGAGGAGAUUCAGAUGUUGAAAUCAAAUGGAGCUCUGAGCACAGAGGAACGUGAAGAGGAAAUGAAGCAAAUGGAGGUGUACCGUAGUCAUUCCAAAUUCAUGAAAAAUAAGAUUGGUCAGGUGAAACAGGAGCUGUCACGCAAAGACACCGAGCUGCUGGCCUUGCAGACGAAGCUGGAGACCCUCACCAAUCAGUUCUCUGACAGCAAGCAGCAUAUUGAAGUUCUGAAAGAGUCUCUUACAGCUAAAGAGCAAAGAGCUGCCAUCCUGCAGACAGAGGUGGAUGCGUUACGAUUACGCCUGGAAGAGAAGGAGACUAUGCUCAAUAAGAAGACAAAGCAGAUUCAGGAGAUGGCAGAGGAGAAGGGGACUCAAGCAGGAGAGAUCCAUGACCUCAAAGACAUGUUAGAGGUGAAGGAACGCAAAGUUAAUGUUCUUCAGAAGAAG